UGGUGGGGAGGAGAUCGGUGCAACAUUGCGGAUUACUUUUCUCCCUUCUGUAGAAAAGAACUAAGGGAGGUGGAUUGGAGUGGGGCAGGGCUGUUUUAAGAAAGUACGGAGUGCCCGUUUGCGGAGGGGGCGGGGCGAAAAAAACACACACACUCACCAACCACACCAUCCAAACUACUAGAUCAAUGCUUGUAAAUAGCCACUCAUCUAUGGUGAAUAAGGAUGAGGAAGCAGGCGAAGAAGCAGGGAAAUCUUAGCAGGACCUGGCGGGAGAGGAUCCCCGACCGUGCCCGCGGUCAGAGCCUCCUAGGACUGCGUGCCCAAUUCGGGCCAUCGGAAAAGGGACCCCGCCCUUCGCCACACUUCCCUCGUCGUCACGCAUUCUUUGAGGAAGUGAGCAUAAGUCUCCACCGGAGGCGUUUCCGAGACGGCGGCUUCCUGUUGGCAAGUUAUCCUGGGGCAGAGCUGCUGAUCGGGCUGGAGCCACCAUUUACUCCCAUUCAUGGGUAACACUCGAUGAUAUAUCCUCCACCUGAAUUCCUAAAGGUGAAAGGGAAUUUCCUUUCCUUUGGCUCUCAUCCUGUGUGACAGUUGGAAGGCUACUCUGGGAAGAGCAGACACAGCUGAGAAGGAUUGCUCAACUGAGUAAAUGAAGAAAGUGGAAAUGAAAUCUCACAACACAGACUCUCCAAUCACCAUUAAUGAGCAGAAGCACAUUACCAGGGAACAACUUAAUUCUCUGCUAGACACAUAUAACUAUUUUUAUGCUGACCAAAAAAAUCUGCAGCUUCAAUAUGUUCAGACUGAAGGCAGUUCUCCAGUCAUCGAAGGUGUUCUAAAUGUUUUCUGGGGAGUACAGCAUCCCAUCCGGUUAAAAAUUCAAGAUGAGCAAUACAUUCCUCAGUUUCAGUCUCUAAAGAAAGCAGCAUGUGAUAAACUUGACUUAUUCCCUGAUAAAAGGAGGAUGAUACGCUGGGGAGAAUUUGAUAAUUUGUACCACAUCAGUGGAGAUACAUCAAAUUCUACAGGAGGUGAACCUAGCCCACAGAAAGGGGCAGGCUGUGCCUUUAAUGAAAACAAGACUCAGCUGCUCAAGGAUGAGCAAAACCUCAACUCCCCCUUUCUGCAGAGGACUAUGAGUGCUGCAGCUGCUAUAGGAAGAAAGAGGGAGAAGUUGCCCACCAUCGCAAGGAAAGAAGAAAAUCAUCGGUUUUCCAUUAAUAGGCACUUCUACAACUACCAGACAUCCAUCUUUACCCCACUUUUUGGCUCAGCAACCAAAAUUAGAAUAAGCAGCAACAUGAGUACAAGUGAGGUGAUACAACAACUGCUACAAAAAUUUAAGAUUGAAAACAGUCCUCCUGAAUUUGCCCUUUACAUGAUCCAUGCAUCUGGAGAAAAGAAACAGUUGAAGAGCACAGAUAUUCCACUUCUGGAAAGAAUCUUGCAAGGGCCCUCUGAGAAGGUUGUCCAGUUUUUUCUCAUGGACCAAGAUGCAGAAGAAGUCAGCAGUGAUGUAGCUCAGUAUAUCCAGUUUCCCCUCCCUCUUCUGGAAUCAAUUCUGCACAAGUUAAAUGAAGAAGAAGAACGGGAAAUUCAGGAGACAGCUGCAAAGUACCAUAAAGAGAAGGCUGCCAUAAGCCAACACCUGCAUAGCAGGACAGGAUCUAAAACAGAGACUACACUAUGAUGCCAAAUGCUACAGUUAAUUAAAUAUUUAAUCUAAGCCAUGGGUUAAUGGUGAGAGAAUAAUCUCUAAUAAGGAAUUUGAAGUCAACAGAGUUGGGAAAGAGUCUGAAACCUUGGAGAGCCCCUCCCAGUUAAUGCAGACAAUACUGAGUUAAAUGGGUCAAUAGCCUACUCAUAUAAGACAACUUCACAUGUUCCACGUCCAUAUUGGCAGCCAUCUCUUGCUCUUCAUUGUGUAGCAUGUUUAGAUUUGCCUUUCUGUAUUAAAUCUGUGCCUGGAUGACAAAAUGGAA